AUGGUUUGUGAGGUCGGGGCAGCGGUCAUGGACAUGAGCGGCGAGGGCGGCGGAGCGGGCGCGGCGCAGCAGCGCUGGUACGACAGCCGCGUCAACGGCAGCCCGGCCGGCGGCGACGUCGGCUCCGAAGCCAACGGGGACGGCUUCUUCCACUCGCCGCUGGAGGGCGGCCACCACAGUCGCGCCCGCUACUACCACCAGCAAAUGCACGCCCCUUACUCGCCAGCGGUUGGCUCCCACGGUCGAACGCUAGGCGGCGGCAGCGGGCAGGUUUGCAGGCCGCACUUCCACACGCCGCUGCACCCCUGGCUCGACUCCAAAGCGUUGGGUGGCGGAGCCUGGGGCGGGGGGUUCCAGCAAGACUCGUCCGCCGACAAGCCCCUCUCUCCCGCGCAGCAUCCUCAUCCCCAUCCCCUGUUUUCCUUCCCCCCCACGCCACCAAAAGACUCCACGCCUGACUCCGUCGCCGCGGCGGCGCUCGGCCAGCAGGACUACCAAGCUGCCGUUGCGCACGCCACGGCAAUGAGCGUCGCCUUCAUGCAACAGCAGCAAGAGCUGCCGCUGUGCGGGGACGUCAAGCCCAUGAUGGGCGUCCCCCCUUCCAAACAACGCGAAGGUGCGCAGCCGGACACGUGUCCCCAAGAGAGCCAGCCCUCCGGGGAGUACAACGCGCAGUACAACUCCGGCGACUACUAUAACUACCAGGGGAAGGGGUAUAGCGGGCAACAGCAGAGUAAACCGCGGCCGAACAAGACGCGAACUAGCGCCGAGGGACGAGAAUGCGUUAACUGCGGGGCGACGAGUACGCCAUUAUGGCGACGCGACGGCACCGGUCACUACCUCUGCAACGCCUGUGGACUCUACUACAAGAUGAACGGACAAAACAGACCACUUAUCAAGCCCAAGCGGAGACUGUCACUACAAAGUGCGGCGCGGCGGGCGGGAACUUCGUGCGCGAACUGCAAGACCACGACGACGACGCUUUGGAGACGGAACCAGAACGGUGAGCCAGUGUGCAACGCGUGCGGGCUCUACUACAAACUACAUAAUGUAAACCGGCCAUUGACGAUGAAGAAAGAAGGCAUCCAGACGCGGAACCGCAAGCUGAGCAGUAAAAGUAAGAAGAAGAAGGGGGGCAUGGGCAUGGGCAUGGGUGGUGGCGGUGCGUGUGCGCUUGCUUUAGGCGGGGUCAUGGGGGACAUGAUCAAGCCCCUCGGCGAUGCUACCAAAGGCUUUGGGGGCUCGGCAUUUCCUUCAGCUAUGGAUUUCGGUCAGCAUCAAGUAGGCCUCGUGCAUCCUGCGGCAGCGCACAUGUCCCAUUGGUACGGCGCGCCGCACCAAGGAUUUGCUCCUCCGCCAACGUCACAUAAUCCGUACCAUCACCAUCACCUUGCGCAACUAAAUUCUAUGACCGGCUGGAGGAGUGAGUAUACGUGAUAAGUCAACCAAACAGGAGCAUAACAUGGUUUGCCGGUGAUUAUGUAGGCAUAAAGUCCCUCGGAUGGAGCGACCCAAAACAAAGGCAUCACAAAAAUAAAAACUGUGAUUCCACUUAUUAUAAUAAACUUAACUGAAGCGUUUCUUUUAUAGCAAAACGUUUCA